CGUCUGGGAGUGGCGGAAGCGCGCUCUGGGCUGCAAGAGAGAAGCAGAAAAAGGCGAACAGAGACGGAGAGGAAAUCAGAGGGGAGGUAGAUUACGAGAGAGAGAGGAGAGAGAGCAAUAUAGGACCAGAGGGACAGGGAGAGGUGGACUGCCAGCAUUCCCAGGCAUCAGGAAUCGGUGAUUUUCUGACGGACUGGUGACCCUCUCACUGUGCUGUGUCUAUGAUGUACUCUGGGGUGGCAGGCCGACUCUACAAGCAGAGGCAGAAGGAGCUUGGGGUUGGCAAGCAUGAUCAGGCCUUCAAAUACCUCGGGCAGGAUUACGAGACCCUUCGAGCCGACUGCCUUGACCGAGGCAUUCUGUUUGAGGACCAGCACUUCCCUGUGGGCCCCUCGAUCAUUGGAUUCAAGGAGCUGGGGCCUCAUUCCUCAAAAACGUCUGGAAUCAAGUGGAAGAGGCCACAGGAGAUAUGUUCCAACCCCCAGUUCAUUGUGGAUGGGGCAACUCGUACUGACAUUUGUCAGGGAGGAUUGGGUGACUGCUGGCUGCUGGCAGCCAUAGCCUCUCUUACUCUGAACGAGAAGAUCCUGCAUCGAGUGGUGCCUCAAGGACAGAGCUUCCAGCAGCAAUACUGUGGAAUCUUCCAUUUUCAGUUCUGGCAAUUCGGUGAGUGGGUGGACGUGGUGAUUGAUGAUCGCCUCCCGGUGAAGGACGGCAAGCUGGUUUUUGUGCACUCUGCCGCUCGCAACGAGUUCUGGAGCGCGCUGCUGGAGAAAGCUUACGCCAAGGUAAGUGGUUGCUAUGAAGCACUAUCAGGCGGAAGCACAUCCGAAGGAUUUGAAGACUUCACGGGAGGGGUGACGGAAAUGUAUGAUCUCAGAAAAUCGCCCCCGGACCUUUACAGAAUCAUCCAGAAGGCGCUGGAACGUGGAUCGCUCAUGGGAUGCUCCAUCGAUAUAACCAGCAUGUUCGACAUGGAGGCUGUAACGUUCAAGAAGCUGGUCAAAGGUCACGCUUACUCCCUCACCGGUGUCAAGGAGGUGCAGUUCCGCGGAGGCCUGGUCAAACUGGUGCGGCUGCGAAAUCCCUGGGGGGAGGUGGAAUGGACAGGAGCCUGGAGCGACAGCUCAGGUGAAUGGAAUCAGAUAGACCGCUCCGAGUGCAGCCAGAUGCGAGUGAAGCUGGAAGACGGUGAAUUUUGGAUGUCCUUUUCAGACUUCCAAAAAGAGUUUAACCGUUUGGAAAUCUGUAACCUGACCCCAGACACGCUGAAGUCGGACAAAACCCACAAGUGGAGCACGUCGCUGUACGAGGGCGCAUGGAGGCGGGGCAGCACUGCCGGAGGCUGCCGGAACUUUCCAGCCACAUUCUGGAUAAACCCACAGUUCAAGGUCCACCUGAAAGAGGAGGAUGAUGAGCGGGACGGGACAGAGUCAGGCUGCAGCUUCCUGGUGGCUCUGAUGCAGAAGGACCGGCGCAAGCUGAGGACCGCGGGCAAGGACAUGGAGACCAUCGGCUUCGCCAUCUACGAGGUCCCAGAUGAGUACGUCGGACAGUCGGCCGUGCACCUGAAGAGGGACUUCUUCCUGACCCACGGCUCCCGGGCCCGGUCCGACCUGUUCAUCAACCUCCGGGAGGUCAGCAGCCGCUUCAAGCUGCCCGCCGGCGAGUACCUGAUCGUCCCCUCCACCUUCGAGCCCAACAAGGAGGCCAACUUCUGCCUGCGGGUCUUCUCGGAGAAGCUCGCCGAGUCGGAGGAAUUUGAUGACACGAUCAGUGCUAACCUGGUGCAGGAGGAGGAAAUUCCUGAACACGAGAUUGAUGAAAAAUUCAAAAGUCUCUUCAGGCAGCUGGCCGGAGAGGACAUGCAGAUCACGGUGAAGGAGCUGCAAACAAUUCUGAACCGGGUGGUGGGAAAACACCAAGACCUGAAGACGGAUGGGUUCAGCAUGGACUCCUGCCGCUGUAUGAUUAACCUCAUGGACCGAGAUGGAGACGCCAGGCUUGGCCUUACAGAGUUCAACGUGCUGUGGAAUAAGAUACGCAAGUGGCUGGGUGUUUUCAGACAGUUUGAUUUGGAUAAAUCUGGAACGAUGAACGCCUACGAGAUGAGACUGGCCUUGGAAUCUGCAGGGUUUAAACUGAACAACCACCUGCACAAUCUGCUCAUCACACGAUACGCGGAACCCGACCUUUCCAUCAACUUCAAUAACUUUAUCUGCUGUCUAAUCCGGCUGGAAAGCAUGUACAGAUCCUUCAUGAUGCUGGACACAGACCGUGACGGUACAGUCACCUUCAAUGUGUAUCAGUGGCUCACGCUGACCAUGUUUUAACCGAACCAUGUGCCAAGUCCCGGCUCCUGCUGAAGCUUCCUCCGCCCGUCUUCCGUGACGCCCAAGUGCCUUUUGCUAUUCGGACGAUGGAUGCGAACCGACUGCUGGCACCAGCGGGUGUGCUGCGUUCCCCACACCCUCCCCCACCCCCACCCCCACUCCCUCCCCAC